AUUCUCUCGUUUUAAAUAAUUAUUAACUAUGAUAUCACCAAUAGUCUCUUUGAUUCUAUUUCUCUCGCUUUCCAUAAUCAGAAAUGAAAUGAGACAAGAGGGGAAUGGUUUACAAUUAGAGAAUGUAGAAGAUGUAUCUGGCGAAAAUCGUGCUGAAGUACAAACCAUUCCGAGCAAGAAAGACCCAAAAGACGGGCAAGAAAGCACAAACACCUUUGCAGAUGCAACAACGGUUCUUUUCGUUCCACCGACAGUUUCUCUGCCUCCUGGAUUCACUGAACAAGAUAUUGUGCGCUAUGACGGAAGAAUAUUCAUACCGUUGGUCUCUGAAAAGGUUUACAAAGCAUCAGCGAUCGCCAAAUGUCAACAGCUCGGUUUUGAACUUGCGAAUAUUUACAAUCAAAAACAUAUGGUCAAGAUAAUGACAUUCUUUCGUGACAACAGGAUGGACGGGAAAUCAGAUAAAUGGUUUCAUCUCGGCAUGACAUACGACCCUAUUAAUCAGAUUCUUCGUUUCCGAAACGGAACCGUGACAUCACACAGUGGCUUCAAAUGGUUCAUAGACUCUCCAUUCAAUGGACAGAGUUAUUCUGAUUGGACAAACAUGGUUAUCAGGAUUCAGGAAGAUUCAACAAGCCUAUAUCAAUACAUUUACAACUACCCCAAUCGUAAACGAUACGUCCUGUGCGAAGUUUAAACUUCCAUCUAACUGUUAUAGCAAACUGUCAAAUAGAAAAAUCAAGAAAAAAAUAUUUUCGUGUGAAUAUUACGUAUUUCACCAUCUUUUUAUUUUAGCGCAUA